AUGGGUUUUACCUUGAAACAACUUACAGUUGUACCAGACAGCCAUAAUACUCCUAAAACAAUUCAUAAAAGGAAAGAAUAUGUACAAAAGAUCUAUAAUAAAAAUAUUAACAUUUAUAGAAAUAUGGUCUAUAUUGAUGAAACUGGCUUUAAUUUACAUCUUUCAAAAUUAAAGAGUCGUGUGCACCGUGGUCAGCCUGCUAUUCGUAAAGUCAUAAGUAACAGAGAGAAAAAUAUCUCUGUUAUUGCUGCAAUUAAUGAGAAUGGGGUUUUGCAUUAUAAGUCUAUUUUAGGUUCAGUAAAUUCAGAAAUUUUUGCCAUCUUUAUUGACGAACUUCUUAGAAUUAUUCUAAAUAGGAAAUUUUUAGUAAUGAAUAAUAUUCAUUUUCAUAAAUCAGAUAUAGUUAAAGAAAUUGUUGAAGAUACUACACACCAAAUUUUAUAUCUACUAUCUUAUUCCCCUUUUUUAAAUCUGAUUGAAAAUUGUUUUUCAAAAAUUAAAAAUUCCAUUGCUAAAAAUCAUUUAAGAGAUCGAAAAAUAAUUUUAAGUAGAAUGAAUGAUGCAUUUAAUAUUGUUACAAACGAAGAUUGUGAAGGAUGGAUAAGGUAUACUUCUUCAUACUUUCAAUAUUGUUUAAAUAGUGAAAUUAUCAAUAUCUAA